ACUGUAGAUUGGUGUUAUACAAGCGAAAAUUCGUGAUUUUUGUGAAAUCCCAGGAAACCGAGACAGGGUUAAACCCAGGGUUAAUCUUAAAAGUGUAGUCUGUACUGAAGUUAAUAAAAUGAGUUCACAUACACAAGACAACGAGAGCGAUGAUGGGAUGGACGAGUUUAUGGACAAAUUUGCCACACAAAAAUACAAAGGCGCUUUCAACGAGGACAAAUGGGAGGAGGAGUUUGACAAGAUUCCCAUGUUCAUGAAGAAGGCCCCCGAGGAGAUCGACCCCAAAACACACCCAGAGCUGGCCUGUCUGCAGUCCAUCAUUCAUGAUGACGACAGACCACCAGAGGAGCAAGCCAAGAGCCUCAAAGAUGAAGGGAAUGAAUACUUCAAGGAGAAGAACUACAAGAAGGCUAUAGUGGCAUACACCGAAGGAUUGAAAAAGAAAUGCAGUGAUACAGACCUUAACGCCGUCCUGCUUACAAACAGAGCAGCCUCACACUUCUACCUUGGUAAUAUGCGGUCUGCCUUGAAUGAUGCUGUAGCUGCCAAGAAGCUGAAACCAGACCACCUUAAGGCACUGAUAAGAGGUGCCCAGUGUUGCAUGGAACUGCGCAACUAUGGCGAAGCCUUGCAGUGGUGUGAGGAGGGCCUCAGAGUCCAGGCCAAGGACAGGAAACUGCAGGAGCUGAGAGCCACAGCUGACAAGCUGAAGAGGACGAUGGAGAGAGAUGCCCGGAAAGCAAAAGCAAAAGAGAAAAAGGAUCGCUGUGAGAGAGAAGCUCUCCUUGGGGCCAUCCGGAAACGUGGCAUCAAGUUGUUGAAGCCAGAGCAUCCCUCUAAGCGUAGUUCAGACUGUGAGGAGGACGAUGAAGGGGACUGUGGCACAGCUGCGGCUUUGGCAGGGAUGGACCUAGAUGGCCUGUGCUCACAAGAGGCCACUGGAUCGAGAGUGUUCCUGGAUGAACACGGUACUCUGCAUUGGCCUGUCCUCUUCCUGUAUCCUGAGCACCGGCAGACAGAUUUCAUCUCUGCAUUUAAUGAGUCUUCCAGCUUCACGGAUCACUUGACAGUCAUGUUUGGGGAGGAACUUCCUCCCUGGGACACUGACAGAAAAUAUCACCCUCAGAACCUAGAGUUGUACUUUGAGGACUAUGAGACAGAGCAGCUUCAUCAAGUUGACUUUCAGACCACCCUUCUCAAAGUCUUGCAGCAUGACAGGUGUUUUGUGAAAGCAGGCACCCCUAGUUUCAUUAUCUUGGUCAAAGGGUCUGCAUUCUGUAAGGACUUCUUGUCUGGGAAGAAGGUUCAUAGACUGAAACUGAAAUGAAGUCAACAACAUGAGAACUACAUUGACUGAAACCUGCACGGGUCAUCAGUCAAACCAGCAGAGACCUACUGUUGAGGCACUCUUGACUUGUGACCCCUUUGGCUUGUUUAACAGGGGGGAGUUUGUGUACUGGAACACUUUAAUGGAAAUGAACUAAAUUCUUUUUUUUAAAUAACAGGCGUAUUCAAUAUCAAAGAAGAGGUAUUAAUCACAAAAAUGUAUAUGCACGUGUCUGUGGCAGAUAAGGAUAUGUGCUAAGCCAAAAUAAUGUAUUCAUGCAAUUUACACAUGUAAUGACACUUGCUGGAAACUCCACUAGCCCUGACGUAGGAGAAUGCCUUCCAUUAGUGAAAAGAAGUAUAUUAAACCCCUUGUAUACUGGGCUUUUCCAUUUUCAUUGGAGAUAGUUUAUGUAACUGAAUGUACAUAAUCAAAAUCUUGUUACAGUUUUGUGGUCUUUAGGGUUCUUAGCAAAGAAUAUUUUGAGAAAGAAGGUAACUUGCUUUCUCCUGUAAAUAUCUGAGCAGAACAUCAACCACUGACCU